AUGUAUUCCAACGGGGCGCCCCUCCUGGCCAAUCAGGGGGCUGCAGCAGCUUCGACACCACCCCCCAGCGGCCGCACAGGCGCACUGAGCGCCCAACUGCCAUUUUGUGGCAGAGCUACUCUGCUAAAGCGGGAGAGGAUUAAAAGAAGCUGCGAAGAAGCCCGCAUUUCCAAGCCGCCGGCCCAACUUUGUAGCUCAGACUCUGUGCUGUCGGUCCAGUUCAGCGGGAGGAGAAAGCGACUUAAAAGAGGUAAAUUCCUACCCAGCAUGGACGGGGUGCCAACAGAGGGAGUGGGGGUGGGGGACCCCUCCAAAGACUUCCCUUCCAUCCAGGCUGUCCACAGCCAAGACGCCAUGGUGGCCGAUCUCCUCCAGCAGGCUGCAGAGGCUGGAGGGGUGGUGGAGGGACAAGCUGGAGUCGUCCUUGAGCAAGGUCAUGGAGAGGGGAUGGUGGGAGCUGCACAGGCCCAGCAGCAGCUUAUGGAGGCUGGAGUUGGGGUUGGUGUGGAAGGUGGAGGAGGGGUUGAGAUGAUGGUUAUGGAUUCACUGGAUCCCACCCUGUUGCAGAUGAAGACAGAGGUGAUGGAGGCUGCAGUGGGAGGAUCUUCGGGGACGGUUGGUGUUGUUGGAGGAGUACCAGGUGCUGCUCACCAGGCAACUGUAACGACGGUGGACCAGACUCAGAUCAUCACACUACAGGUAGUCAACAUGGAGGAGCAGGCUGCUCUAGGCCUGGGAGAACUCCAGUUAGUGCAAGUGCCUGUUUCUGCCACCGCUGUAGAGGCUCUGCAGCAAGGCACCUUCGUUGAUGCCACUGCCAUGCCGAAAGACGGAGAUCCGGUUAUCUGCCACACUCUGCCACUGCCUGAGGGCUUCCAGGUGGUUAAGGUGGGUGCUAACGGCGAAGUGGAGACAGUGGAACAAGAGGAGGAGGGAGGAGAGCCCCACCCUGAGGAGGAGGAGGAGGUGGAGGAGAACCAGGCAUUGGAGGGAGAGGACGAGCCUGCUCAGCCCCAGAAUGAUGACCCGUCAUGGGCUAAAGAUCCUGACUACCAGCCCCCCUGUGGAGCUAUCAAGAAAACUAAGAAGGGUAAAAAGAGUCGUCUGCGCUAUGCGGAGGGGGAUAAGGACAUGGACGUCAGUGUCUAUGACUUUGAAGAGGAGCAACAAGAAGGCCUUCUGUCUGAGGUCAACGCUGAGAAAGUGGUGGGCAACAUGAAACCCCCCAAACCCACAAAGAUUAAGAAGAAAGGAGUGAAGAAGACGUUUCAGUGCGAGCUGUGUAGCUACACAUGCCCUCGCCGCUCUAACCUGGACCGACACAUGAAGAGCCACACCGAUGAGAGGCCACACAAAUGUCAUUUAUGUGGAAGAGCCUUCAGGACCGUCACUCUGCUAAGAAACCACCUCAACACACAUACUGGAACUCGCCCUCACAAGUGCACAGACUGUGAUAUGGCCUUUGUCACCAGUGGGGAGCUGGUUCGUCACCGUCGGUACAAACACACACAUGAGAAACCCUUCAAAUGCUCCAUGUGUGACUACGCUAGUGUCGAGGUGAGUAAGCUGAAGCGUCACAUUCGGUCUCACACUGGUGAGCGUCCAUUCCAGUGCAGUCUGUGCAGCUACGCCAGCAGAGACACGUACAAGCUGAAGAGACACAUGCGGACACACUCGGGAGAGAAACCAUACGAGUGCUACAUCUGCCAUGCCCGGUUUACCCAGAGCGGGACCAUGAAGAUGCACAUCCUGCAGAAACACACCGAGAACGUGGCCAAGUUCCACUGUCCUCACUGUGAUACUGUCAUCGCUCGCAAGAGUGACCUGGGUGUACAUCUGCGUAAGCAGCACUCGUUUAUUGAGACUGGAAAGAAGUGCCGUUACUGCGACGCUGUUUUCCACGAGCGCUACGCCCUCAUCCAGCAUCAGAAGUCCCACAAAAACGAGAAAAGAUUCAAAUGCGACAUGUGUGAUUACUGCUGCCGACAGGAGCGUCACAUGGUAAUGCACCGUCGCACCCACACGGGAGAGAAACCCUAUGCCUGCAGCCAGUGUGAGAAGACCUUCAGGCAGAAGCAGCUGCUGGACAUGCACUUCAAACGCUACCAUGACCCCAACUUCGUCCCCACCGCCUUCGUCUGUCCCAAAUGUAGCAAGACCUUCACCCGCAGGAACACCAUGGCUCGCCACGCUGAGAACUGCAGUGGUGAAGUGGAGGACACUGAGAAUGGAGCUCCAACCCCGAAGAGAGGGAGGAGGGGGAGGAAGAGGAAGAUGAGGAGCAGGAGAGAUGAGGACGACAGUGAUGAGGAUCAUGUUGAACCCGAUGAAGAGGAGGAGGAAGGUGAGGGCGAAGAAGAAGUAGCUCUGCUGCAGGAAGAGGAGGAGGCUGAGAGCAUGGAGCUGGACCAGGCCCCUGUCACAGUGCCCCUUCCAGCCCCCGACGAGCCGCCGGUCAAGAGGAAACGAGGCCGACCCCCAAAGAACGCCCCCAAACCGCCUCCAACACCCACCAAGUCAGUCAGGGUGGCCGCCAAGACCGCCGCCUCUGCUGCCGCCAUCAUCCAGGUCGAGGAUGAGAGCACAGGAGCUGUGGAGAACAUCAUUGUUAAGAAGGAGGAGUCCGACACCUCCGCAACCACGUCUCUGGACCAGGGGGUGGCGCUCACUGUGGAGGGGGUGGGCAUGGACGGCGAGGGGGUAGAGACUGUGGAGCUGCCCGUCAAUGAGGAGGGGGCGGCCGCCGCCAACGGAGAUCUAACACCGGAGAUGAUCCUUAGCAUGAUGGACCGGUGAAGGCCACACGCAGGCCCACACACUCAGAAAAUAGAUCUCUGAACUGAGUUGCUUAAAUUGGCAGAUACACACAUUUACUUUGCCUUCACUUGAUGUUCAAUUUGUGGACGUCUUUUUAUGGCGGCCAUUUUGCUUCCUUUCUAUCAGCCAUUAGAGGGCUGCACAAAAUGGCUGCAGCAAAAACGACAAAUAUAGGGCAGAUCCAUCCUGAUGACACAUGUAAAUAUUUGCAUAAGUUCACACACAUGUACAUACGUGUGCUAACUGAUUAUGUCUGUGAUUGACACACACACACACACACACACACAACCCUCCUCUUCCAAAUUUCAUCCAAAUAUUUUGAAGCUAAUGACGAACUGCUCUCUGCUCCUCUUCAUGUUGUUUCUCUUUUACUUUUUUAUGUGGAUGAAUCUGCGUGUUUUUAUUUCCUUGUUUCUACUGAAAGCCACAUCCUGUUUUGGUCUGCGCCAACUGACUCCCCAGUUAACGUUCAGCCGGAAACAACUACUGUAUGUGCAUGUGUGCAGGCCUGGGUGUGUGUGUGUGUGAGUGUGAGUGAGUGUGUGUGUGUGUGUGUGUGUGUGUGUGUGUGUGUGUGUGUGUGAGCGUUUCCUCCUCUUGCUCCUGCACAAGGGAUGUUUUGUUUUUUUUACUGUAUGAUUUUAGGUCCACUAGUUUUGGCGAUGUAAAUCUCUGUCACGCAGCUAUGCCUCUUUCUUUGUUUUUUUUCUUUAUUUUUGGAUAAAAUGUAGUUCAUGCUACUUUAGUUUGCCUCUAAGGUACCGUCAUCUCUCGCUGCCGUCUGUGUUCUAGUCUACUGUUUAUAAAAGUCUAAGUUUCCUCCUGUCCUUCUAAAACUGCUAGAGUUGGUUAGGCUUUGCGCCGCUGGCUAGGUGUUGUGAUCCAGUGCUUGCUCGUUCCAAAUCAAGGCCCUGUAGAGGGACGGUGAUAGAAGCUGCUUCUGCUCUGUUCAAAUCAUGCCUCCACAAAGUGACGGUCCCAAACCUCUGACACUGCAGGAUGUUUGGUUCUAUCCAGGCUUUUAAAAGAGGGUCCCCUCCAUCCCAGCAUGUGUUGAACCCAGUUUAGAGCUCCUGUGUCACUGGCCCGGCUGGGAUCGCAGCAGCGUGGUUUCCUGCUCAGUGCUCUGCAUUAUGUUGUUGAGACCGCAGUCCAAAAACUUCACCAUAAAAGAAAAGACUGCUAGGUGGUUUGCUUGUAAAUACUUUUUUUCAUCUUUGGUUUAUUGUGAACAUUUUAAUCUUUUCUGUUUGUUUGUUUUUUAAUAGCUGAUUUAAAGACUUGUUGGUUGAAGGGGCGUUGGGCUGUAAGAAUUUCAAAACAUUUUCAUGGUAAUGAUGUCAGUUUAACGUUGGACUGGAUGCUUAAUACUACACCAUUGCCUGAACCAAUCAAAGAUAGACUUUGAUCAAGUGAAUUUUAAAUUUCUUUUCCUCCAUUUUUUUUUUUUUUGCAAGUGGUUUGUUGACUUGCCUCGUUGAAGGAUAAAUGAUCCCGUCACAGCCUCCAGCUCUCUGUAAGGAGCUGGGCUGCUGCCUCCAUUAGGAAGACCAGACAUUUAAAAUGUGCUCACACAAACUUGUAAAAUGACCCCUCAUCCCUUUUGCAUUUUAAAUGUAAACAACACGUUUGACUAUCAGUUCUGCUUUUUGUUUCAACACAUUAUCGCUCCGUCUACUGUAGUAACCCCUUUUAACCAACCAAACUGUGCUCAGCUCUUCUCAAGCAGUAUCGUUUUGUUGUCAAUACUCUGUUGCCUGCGGUGAAUUAGUUUCUGCGUCGAUGGGAACGCAGAUGAAAGUCCUAAAGGUGUGUCGAUGUUUUUGUCGGAGAAAAGGGGACGCAGGCAGGAAAGAGGAGACGUCUGUUUUAAAGAGAAAAGGCAUCUUUUUGCUGAAAAUCCUGAUAACCGAAUGAAGCUCCAAUCUUUCACUGUAUGUAACGAUUACAUCAAAGUUGCUUUAUGUUUUUGGUUGAGCUCUUAAUACAGUUCUGUAGGAUGGUAAGUUUUGUAUAACUGGCUGGUUGUACUUUGUGAAUUUGACUUUAAUCAACGUGUCUUGAUUCCCAAGUGAUGGCUUCACCACAUUGUGCGAUAGGCUCCAUGUUGCCGUCUCUUAGCUAGAUGAAAACAUGUCAGCUGGAUCGGACUCGACAUAACAUACACAGCUGGCUUGCCACCUGUUGCAAAAGUGUUGUAAAGACCAGGCUGUUUACCGCAGCAGCUGUUUGUGUCGAGGCUGAUUUGAACACCACUGAAUACUGCAACGUACCAAGUUUAAAAUCACAACUCGUGAACUGAUCAAAAAUGGAAGAAAAGUCUGGGGAAGUUUGCUGGGUCGGUCCUAAAGCAGCAGUUCUGUAAUGUGAACCGUCCUGGCAGGUAAAGAGAGAGAGACGGGAACAUGGAGCUGUGGGAAUGAAAAUGGGCUAAAAACAUGUUGCAUUACAGUACAAGCUGUUCAUAACUAAAAACUUGCAGUGUACCCAGAUGGAAGAUGAAGAUGAACUGUUCUGUUGUUUUCUAUGACGAAGGCAAGCAAAAAAAACAGCAGCAACCUUUUUGUCAUGUCUGUUAGGUUGGAACAUGCUAUUGAAGAUGCUAUGGGAAUGUAACAUUGUACAGCUAACGAGAAGAAAUAAAAUCAUACUUUAGAGCGCAUGA